AGCGGUGUUGCAGGUUUGUGUUGUGGAUAAAUGCGGUGUCAGCUGUCAUCGAACUUGUGCAGACCCAAUGGGCGUAUUUAGUGCAAAAAUGAAAAGACGCAUCGUUUCGAAUUUGAUCAGGUGCUUUUAGGCCCUCACAAUGAAUAUCAUGCGAAAGUUACGAGGUGGAGGCGGUGGCACCCCUUCCGCCUCCUCAUCAGACAUAUCAGACGCCGCCCCCGGUUCGCCUCACACCCAAUUGGGUCUGAUGCAUCUCAAAAAGCUCUUCUCGGAGUACACGCACCCGUCACAUCCAUUAACAGACCAAGAGCGGGAUGAUAAACUUUAUAACAUGCUCCCGCUUUUUUGCAAGGUGUUCGGAUCGAGUCCCACAUGCGACAUGAAUGAGAAAUUCUGGGAUAUCCUCGCGUUUUGCCACCAAGUGUCACUUCUCAUGGUUUCGGAAAUAAGAAAAAGGGCCUCGAAUCAGAGCACGGAAGCGGCGAGUUGUGCCAUUGCAAAAUUUCUAGAAAUUGAAAAUUGCGAAGAGUCGAGCAAUGGGUGGAUGCUUCUGAGUACUCUGAAUCUCCUAGCGGCGGGAGAUGCGACUUUAGUUCAGGUCAUGUCUGAGGUUUCGGUUCCGUCAACUUUAGUGAAAUGCCUGUAUUUGUUUUUCGAUUUGCCGGAAAUGUCGGAGCAGGAAGCCAACAGUAAAGACUCCUCGAGUGAUUUCACGCCACGAGAAAGGAGGAUUUUGCUCCAGAAAAUUUUUGUACAACUUUUAGUCCGUCUGUGCAGUCAUCGAAUCCCGGCCGAAGAACUGGCCCGGAAGGAUGAUCUGACUUUAUUAUUUUCCGCUAUCACUUCAUGGUGUCCCUCCCAUAACGUCAUGUGGAGGAAAAGUGCAGCCGAAGUCCUAAUGACCCUCUCCCGGCAUGGGCUUACACCCCCUGUUGUCGGCUACAUCCACUCAAAAGGCUGCGUCGCUUUGUGUAUAGAAAACAUGAAAAGAGUACCUGAAUUAGCACCACUAGAAUUAGUCGAAAUGUUUGUAACGGUUUUUUGUUUUUUGAAAGAUUCCAGCGAAGUUUCCUCGACGCUCUUAGAUGAUUUUAGGCAAGCUCAAGGAUAUUUAUUCUUGUCGGAUUUUUUACUCAAAUUAGAAAGUGAAAAGUCGAGUGAGGCACAAGAAUCGAUCCGAAAUUUAGUUCUCAUGGUGACCUCAUUGUGCAUGUGUGGUUAUAUUGAAUUGAAACCAUCUCAGGCCUCCACUGGUUCGUUAUUUCAAAUGCAAGGUUUUACUCUACCGCAGCCGUCAGGGCGCGGGACAAGUGUCCGAAACAUUCAAGCAUUUCACGUUUUACAGAGCACAUUCCUGAAAUCCAACUCGCCCCUCCUCUGCUGUACAAUCCUCGACGCAAUCUCAAGCAUUUACCAUUCGGACAACGCCAAUUACUUCAUCCUCGAAAACCAAAAUACUCUAAGCCAAUUCACCGAAAAAAUCCACUACAAGUCUGAAGAAAUCCAAAGCAAAUUGUUCGAACUGAUCGAAUUCCUCGUAUUCCAAUUAAACUUUGUACCUUGCAAAGAACUAAUCUCCAUGUCAAUUUUUCUUAAAACUCAUAGUUUAAAUCACGUAGACUGUAGUAUAUUAUGUGUACAGACCCUGUUGAACAUAUUGAAACACAACGUUAUAUUUAAAGAUGUUUAUCGCGAAGUUGGCAUGUUGGAAGUUUUCGUUACUUGUUUGAACCGUUAUUUAAGUUUCCUCGAAGAGAAAAAAUCCAAACCCGAGUUUAAAAUACCCUCUGGUCAGGAAAAACUCGGAACUCUUGUAGUGGAAGCUCUGACACACCUCCUGGCUGGAAACCAGUCAAAUGCUACGGUUUUACGCGAGUGUGGAGGAGCGAAAUGCGUGCAAGAACUAGUCCAAUAUCCCGAAUGUAGGUACUCGGCUUUAGGGAUUAUCAAAGAACUGGUUUUGACCACAGGAGGUGACGAAGACAUGGCUCAACUCCUCACAACUCUCCAUUCGGCUCCACGAACCGCACUUCAACUCAAAAUCGAUAUUUUGGAAGCUUUGAAAUUGUGUUUGAAAGAGUCGCAUCGAACUCGGACUGUUUUUCGUAAAGUUAACGGGUUUGUUUAUGUGACUAGUGUUUUGGUAGCACUGGAAGGGAAGCUGAAGCAGAAAGAAACAAAUCCGGAGGUUUUGACACUCCUCCAAUUGGUUUUUCAUACGAUUUCAACCGCUAUGAGAUUCGAACCGGCCAAUGCAAAGUUUUUCUAUCACGAAAUUUGCAAAACUAGUCUUUGUGAUACUCUUAGAUUAUUAGGUUGUUUCACCGACAAAGUCGAUGCUAUCAAAGAGUGUGAUUUCGAAGCACCAAACAAUGAUUUACAAGACGUUUAUCACAAGUUGUUUGUCGGAUCUGUUACGAAUCCAGAAUUGUCCGACUUGGUCGCCCCGGAUCUCUCAUACGCCACCAUCGUCUAUCGCCUCCUCUAUGACUUGGCACUCGAUCUCUUCGACAAACCUAACGUCAUUCUUAUGAAAUCCCCCUCCUUGUCGCGACAAGCCUCCAUCGAGCCACCCCCCAACUCCGGUAAACGCUCCAUCAACUCCCUUAACCUCACUCCCCCCAUCCCCGACCCGAUCAUAGUUCAUCCGGGAGUAGUAGUCGCGAUGCUACAACUCCUCCCAUGUAUCAACCUCUCCGAUUCUGGCCUCACCCUCCAAUUAUACAUUUCGGAAGUGAUCAAAUCUCUCGUCCGGAGUGAACGUAACCAACAACUCAUGUGCGAUAAAGAAUUUGUCGGUUAUUUGCUGUCAAUCGGCUCAACCCCCAUCCAAAAUGAAAAUCACCCCCUCCAUGGCCCUCUCCAAUACAUGCUGGAACGUCUCGCCGCCCAAGCUUUGGAACCCACCGACUUACGGAAUUUUCUCCGUUUGGGGAACCCCCUGUGUUGCUUGCCUUUGGAGAGUAAGGAGCAGGGAGGAGGGCCGGUACCGUUGACAAGAAUCAAGACUUUGGUUUCGAUGACCACUCCAAAGGAUUUCCGGGCGCAGUCAUCGUACACUCUUCCUCCCUUUGUGGAGUUUGAUAUGUCGGCGGAGGGGUUUGGGUGUUUGUACCUCCCGAGUAUCGCUCCACAGUCCCCUGCAGCUCCGAGUGUUGUCUCGACUUUGGAUAGUAGCGUUUUGGGGGGGAUUGGGUCCGGGGAUCGACUCUUUCCUCCCCAGACAGGACUGAGUUACUCCACUUGGAUUUGUGUUGAUAAGUUUUCUGAUCCGAGGACUGACCCACAUUGUGUCCGAUUAUUGACCCUAGUGAGGAACUUCAACGCGGCCCGGGAGGACCAUUUGGUGUGCUUGUCAGUCGUUUUAUCGGCGAGGGAUAAGGCAAUCAUUGUGUCGACUCAGGAAACUCACAUUCCGCACCAUGUAGGUGAUUGGGAGCCGGAAGGCUCCGGCGAGCAUGGUGCGCGAGUCUGGUGCCCCGACAUUCUCCAAGAAGGCCAAUGGCAUCACAUUGUCGUAGUCCUAAACCGUGCUGUGUUGAAAAACUCCUCCUUUGCUCUUUAUCUCGACGGCCAACAACUCCACGCGCAAAAAAUGCACUACAUAUCGCAAAACCCAGGUGGUGGGAGUGCUAACCUCACGGUGGCCUCCUCAGUUUAUGGUUUCAUCGGAACUCCGCCUGCUUGGAGGAGAUACUCCCGACUGUGUUGGAAGCAAGGCCCUUGCCACUUGUUCGAAGAGGUUUUAACCCCAGUUGUGGUCUCCCAAAUGUUCCAUUUAGGGCCCCACUAUAUGGGUUCUUUCCUCGCCCCCAAUCUCAACACUUCAGAAACAAUGCAGUUGGUGUCGGAGGAAAAAGUCGUUUUUGGACUUAACGCCAAAGCCGUUUCGCAACUCACCUUGAACAAGAUCCGGAAAGUUUACAGUCGUACUGAUAAUAAAUCGAUUGCUAAACAAUUAGGGAUGUCGAGUCAUGAAAGUGCUACUCCCAUUCGGAUUUUACACAAUUCAGCUGGACAUUUAGCUGGGUCUGCGAGGAGUUUAGGAGGCGUUGUGAUAGGAUAUUUAGGAGUUAGAGUUUUUUGUCCGAGACCAGUUGCAACGACUAUCGAUACUGUUGGUGGCUGCUCCGUUUUAUUGGGGUUAAUUGCGAUGGCUCAAGACGUCGAAAGUUUGUAUGCAGGUGUUAAAGCUCUAGUUUGCGUUGUUAAAAGUAAUAAAGUAGCACAAGCGGAAAUGGACCGGAAACGCGGCUAUCAAACCUUAGCCAUGUUGUUGAGACGUAAACGGAUGCUCCUAAACUCGCAUAUUUUACACCUUGCGUUCAGUCUCGUGGGCACUGUGGACAGUGGGAGGGAGUCCUCAGCUAUACCCAAUCGGACGGCGUUUCAGGACCUCCUCUGCGACUUGGAAGUCUGGCAUGAAGCCCCCGGCGAACUCCUCCGCUCCCACUUGGAGCACCUCUACGAACUCGCAGCUGAAUCGAACGAAAAACGUAACAAUACAUGGAUAAUGCGCGACUUGCAACUCGUUGAAAAACUCCUCCAUAUAACUCCCGAAGUCAAACAUAACGCCACGCGUCAAGUCCUCUUCUCCCUGCUUUCAGUCCUCUUAGGAGGUCAACCCCGCCAACCCGAUUUGUUACUUUUCGGACAAUUUAUGGCAGCCACACUCCCUCAAUCCUCAAACUUUAACGAAAAACCUCUGAUUUUGCGUGAAGGUGACUCGGAGAAAGAGGGCGAAGGAGAGAAUAUUCUUCUGAGGAAUCGGUGUUUGGGUCUGAUACAUUCCAUGCUUUUCGCACAAAGAAACAUCGUCGGGGAGGAAAUCGCACGCACGUUGGGGUUUGACUGGAUCCUGCUUUUCAUGCAGCCGAAUUUGCAUGCGACGACUGUGGUUUGGGGGUUAAGGAUUUUGGUGGUGAUGUGCUCGAAUCCCGGACUUAUGAACCGAUUCCGCGAUGGCAGCAGCAAUGGCGGGUGGUUGCGCUACACAGAACAAGUCACUCACAACAAAAUGGCGGUAGUUUUAGGGUGUCACAUGAAUAGUACUCAAGGGAGUGAUACUAAAUCGGAAGCCCUCCACAUUCCCGGGUUUCAGUAUUUGGGGUGGCUACUCCCCGCACAUUUAGACGUACCAGAAAUUUAUUUCCUGCUAACUGCACUCAUCAUGGGGGUCCCGGUCAAGCUUCUACCAGUCGAGACAAAGUUCGAUUUGGAUGCAAUUUGGACGUUUCUUUGGGGCAGUUCUAUAAGCAAUCAACCGGCAACUAGUGUGGCCCCCCGGAUUUGUCUUUGUCCCGAAGCUGUCGUCGUUUUAUUGACAAUAGCGAGGGCAAUGCUCCACACUAGUGAGUCGACUUUACCCGAAUGGUUGCAAAACCACCCAAUUUCGAUUAUCCAAGUUUUGUUCCAAUUGUAUCACAACAUGCCCGAUUUUAUGCCCAUUUUUAUGUCAUCGGAAGUGCUCGGGGCCCUGGCUGGGGUCCUAUUUCCCCCACCUGUAGUCUCAAGUAUGGAUAGUGGGGAUAGUAGCGGUGCUUCUACUCCCGCUUGUGACGAAACCGAUGUCAUUAUCGUACCGAGAACCCCUGAUGAGGAUCCCCUAACCACGCAUCCUGUCAGACAAUUUAUUAUUGACUUUAUUCGGGUUAUUGUAGUCGAUUCGUUAAGUUUAUCUACGACAGGGAAAGUUUCACCGGUCAUUGACCUGGUUUUAGAUGCGUAUCCUGUGAAUUCCACCACGUCUCAACAAAUUUGUUACCAGACCGAAAUUUUGGCCACUCUGAUGGACCAUCUUUUAGCUGCGGAUAUGCUGGUGGGGGACCAAGCGGCAAUUCCAGUGGUACCACUCGCCAAUGCCCAUAUUCAACACGUGACACCCAACGUGUUUUACUUAACGGCGCGAAUAGUCGACAAACUCUGGCAAGGUUCUUUAACUAAAGACCCUCACGAAGUCUUCGAUUUUAUAGUGAAAUUAAUCGGGCAAGCAAAACGCCGGACCGGCAAUCUCUCGCUAGAAUGUCUCUACCAUUGCCUAAAUCGCAGUAUUUUGUUUCUCUUGUCCCGCCCUACUGACACUAUAGCCGAUCAAAUGUCAGUAUUAGAAGCCUUACACAAACUCACCACCAAUCGUUUGAUUGUUUUCGGAGCUGGCAAUCACGAAUUAGAUUUCAUUGGGUGCCUUACUUACUGCCUUCUCCAAUUAACAGCCGACAUGAAAAUCAUGUUGGAGUCAAAUAUGAGGACAACAUGGCACGUCAAUCCUAGCAGUGAACUUGAGUCUCGAGAUGAGCAAUUAAAUGCCCAUCAAGGGCGGAAUUUAAUGGCCGGAGCGGCAUUACGCGUGUGGGAAGAACUCUACGUUUGUAAAAAACCAGCAAUUGAAGAAGUUUUUAAAGUCACGCUAGCGUCCCCAAAUCCGAAUGCCAAAGCACCCGAUUUGACGAUAGUCCGAGAGCAAGUUUUCGACGCCGCCUCAAAACUAUGGCUAAACUAUGUGGAUGCUGAACGUAAAGCGACCUAUCGAGUCCCGUGGGAGUUACACAACCAAAUCCAAUCGAAAAUUCAUAAAGUCACUGGAGGUUUAACACGAUUAGCUAGCAGAACAAAAGUCCGAAAAGACGACACCAUGAGAAUCAAGAUCAGGAUGAGCAAAAAACAAGCCUUGCAAUGGAUGAUGAACCAUGUGAACAUUCUCCGGGAAUUCGUCGAAAUGCGUCGCCAACAACACCAAAACACCACUCAACACACCCAAAGGUAUGUCCACCAAGAAUGGCUCCAAACCGAGAACGAAUUGACAAGGGAACGGGGACUUUGGGGCCCUCCGGAGCCUUGCCACCUCGAUAAAUGGAUGUUGGAUAUGACUGAAGGGCCCCACAGGAUGCGGAAAAAGACAAUGAGGAAUGAUCUCUUCUACUUGCAUUACCCCUACCGUCCUGAACACGAAAAAGGGCCACUCAAGUAUAAAGUCGCAACAAGUCAUCAUAGCAAAAUCUACUAUCAAGCGGUUCAAACCCGACAAAGAACCGGAGUUACCGGUUUAACCGAACCGGAACGGGCCGAUAGCAUCGUGGAUGAACCUUCACCGCUACCCUUGACCCCACUUCCGCCCCUCGCAAGGCUUAAAUCUGAUCCGGAUGACCAACAGGAGGAGAACGAUAUCGAGGAGGAACCCUCAGCCCCCCCAGAUAACCAAACUUUGAUGAGGCUUCUAGAAGAGAACGAAAAGAUUUCGCACAUGUUUCGUUGUGCCCGAAUUCAAGGGUUGGAUACAACCGAAGGGUUAUUACUAUUCGGGCAGGAGCACUGUUACGUCGUUGAUGGUUUCACUCUAUUGAAAAACCGUGAAAUUCGGGAUAUUGAAAGUGUGCCAACUAAUGCGCACGAAUACGAACCAAUUUUACCCAAUCCGGGGUCGCCAAGAAGGUCACGUGCUAUGCGACAGUGUUCCAAAUUCUCCUACGAAGAUAUAAGAGAGGUUCAUAAGCGACGGUACCUCCUGCAACCCAUGGCCCUGGAGGUGUUUUCCGGGGACGGCCGGAAUUACCUCCUGGCUUUUCCUCGGAAGGUCCGGAAUAAGGUCUAUCAGCGUUUCAUGGCCAUGGCGACCGGUAUAGCCGAUAGUGCUCAACAAUCGGUCGCAGGUCAACGCCGGACAGCCAAUGUCGAACAAGCAACUAGUCUUUUAAGCAAUUUGAUUGGCGAGACGAGUGUGACCCAACGAUGGGUCAGAGGCGAAAUCUCAAAUUUCCAGUAUUUGAUGUAUUUGAACACUUUAGCCGGCCGUUCGUAUAACGACUUGAUGCAGUAUCCGGUUUUCCCGUGGAUUUUAGCCGAUUAUGAUUCGGAAGAGCUCGAUUUAACCGAUCCGAUGACUUUUCGGGAUUUCACCAAACCGAUGGGGGCCCAAAGCCCCGAACGCUUGGAGCAGUUUCGGAAACGUUUCAAGGAAUGGGAUGACCCACACGGAGAAACCCCUCCAUACCACUAUGGAACACAUUAUUCUAGUGCGAUGAUCGUGUGUUCGUAUUUGGUCCGAAGUGAACCUUUCACUCAACAUUUCCUACGAUUACAAGGGGGACAUUUUGAUUUAGCCGAUCGUAUGUUUCAUUCCGUCAAAGAGGCGUGGUUAUCAGCCUCAAAACACAAUAUGGCUGAUGUGAAAGAAUUGAUCCCUGAAUUUUUCUACCUACCCGAGUUUUUGGAAAAUUUGAAUCAAUUUGAUUUAGGAGCGAAACAAAGUGGGGUUGCUUUGGGUGAUGUGGUGUUACCACCUUGGGCUAAACAAGACCCAAGAGAGUUUAUAAGGGUGCAUAGGAUGGCCCUGGAAUGCGAUUACGUCUCACAGAAUCUCCACCACUGGAUUGAUCUCAUUUUUGGAUACAAACAACAAGGACAACCGGCCAUUGAUUCAGUUAAUGUCUUCCACCAUUUGUUCUACGAGGGAAAUGUAGAUAUUUACAAUAUCGAUGAUCCACUGAAAAAGAACGCAACCAUCGGUUUUAUUAACAAUUUUGGGCAAAUUCCCAAACAAUUAUUCAAGAAACCACAUCCUUGUAAAAAAAUGGGUGGUGGUAAUAAUCGGACGUCGGUGAUUGAUACUGGGUCUUUAGUCCAAGCGUUCACUUUACCUCAACCUGAGAAACUUUUUUUCCACCAUUUGGACAAUCUAAGACCCUCUUUACAGCCAAUCAAAGAAGUGAAAAGUCCAGUGGGUCAAAUCCUCCAUGUCGACAAAACAGUCCUCGCCGUGGAACAAAACAAGGUUCUAAUCCCGACUUUAUACAACAAAUACGUGGCUUGGGGCUUCGCUGACCACUCCCUUCGAAUCGGGAAUUACGACAGCGAUAAAGCCGUCUUCGUAUCCGAAAGUGUCGUCCAAAACAACGGCGAAAUCCUCGCAUGUGUUUGCCCCUCUCCCAAACUGAUCGUCACAGCAGGGACCAGUUCGGUGGUAACAAUCUGGGAAUUCGAAUCCCGCAAAAAAUCCCUCAACAUUAAACACAACCUUUAUGCCCACACGGACGCAGUGACAUGUCUCGCGGCAAGUCCCGCUUAUAACGUGAUCGUCUCGGGAUCCCGGGACUGCACUGCGAUCAUCUGGGAUUUAUCCCGAGGGAUUUUCGUGCGGCAACUGCGAGGCCACGCUGGGCCCAUCGCCGCCGUCGCCGUGAAUGACCUCACGGGGGAUAUCGCCACGUGUGCAGCUACGUGGUUGCACGUGUGGAGCAUAAACGGGGACGAGUUGGCCAAUGUCAACACGUGUGUAGGGAGGGCCGAUCGCAUGCAACAGAUUUUGUGUGUGGCUUUCUCGCAGACCCACGAAUGGGAUUCGUUGAAUGUCGUAAUGACGGGGUCGACGGAUGGGGUCACAAGAAUGUGGUCGAUUGAGUACGUACAAGUGCCCGACGAGACAAACACCAAUGUGGAACCAAAGCACCAGAGUCCGGCCAAGCCGACUCCGAUUCACCAUCGUCUAGUCAAACAGAUCAAUGUUUCAAAUGAUAGCUCUCUGAGUUUGAUGAAAUCGGGGUCCGAGAGUAGCUUAUCCGAAGACAAUAACCCGAGGAGACCUUCGAUCGAUCGGCAAGCGAGUUCAAAGGAGUGGAGGAGUGAGCAACAAAACGAAAAGGAGACGUGUAGCGACACUGAGGAGGCUUCUCCUCCCAUUCCUGUGCGGAGGAGACGGUCAAGGGUGCAUGGAGGGUUCAGGAAGAGUGAAGGUGGUAACAGUGCUGAUAGUGCUAGUCUUGACGUCGAUGAUGGCACCAAUAUGAGAACUAGCAAGUCUGACACGAGCCUGACCGAUUCCUUUGUGAUGGUACCAGAGACUAAGAAACGGACCGUGAACCCUAUGAACGUCCUCAGGCCAGGGUUCAAGUGGCAGCGCCAGUUGGUUUUCAGAAGCAAACUAACCAUGCACACCGCCUACGACCGCAAAGACAACGCCGAGCCCGCCUCCAUCACAGCCCUGGCAGUCUCUAAGGAUCACCGCAGCGUCUACGUGGGAGACACCCGUGGCAGGGUGUUCUCCUGGAGCGUUUGCGACGUUCCAGGUCGAGCGGCUGACCACUGGCUCAAAGACGAAGGAGCCGAUUUUUGCGCUUCUUGCAAUAUCAGAUUCACAAUCUACGAAAGGAAACACCAUUGUCGCAAUUGCGGUCAAGUGUUUUGCUCGAAAUGCAGCCGAUUCGAGAGCGAAAUCUCACGAUUACGUAUUCUGAAACCGGUCAGGGUAUGUCAGACGUGUUACGCCACUCUCAAGUCAGAAAAAUAAAUAUGUUAGUUAUAGAUUACCAAAAUAGUAAACAAAAAUUAUUUAUUAUGAUAUUGGGUGUGAUUUUAUUACUGUUUUUAUUUAUGAUAUAUUUAACGGUUUUUAACACGUGUUUUAUUGUUUUUUAUAUUAUUUUUAAUACAUAAAUGUUUACAUCAGGUUUCUGUUAUGAUGUUUUUGUGAUAUUUAUAUUGUAGUAUUUUUAUGUAUAUAAGUGUUUUGCUUAGCUAAAGUAUUAUUUUAAAGCAAAGCAAUAUGUAUUUAGAACAAUAAUAUCUGUUGCCUGGUAUACAGUAAAUGUUGAUUUUAUGGAAUUUGUGUACAAUAAUGUGUAAGAUAGUAUUAGUGCAAUUCCGUGCGAAAAAAGAUGAAUUUCAUUAUGAUUGAUAUUAUUUUUGUAUUCAACAAUGGACCGAAUUUGUUAGACUGUAGGUAAAAAGGUAAAAAAGGUGUGCACUAGCAUCUGUAGACAAUAUACAAGUGCACUAUUGUGCAUUCCAAAGUAUAUUUCCUUAUAUUUGAUAAAUGUAUGUGAUAUUAUAGAUUCUAUAGGGUUAGCAAAUUGUAAAUAUGCCAUGUCUUGAUUAUAUAAUAAAGUAACUUGCAAAAUA